GCAAGAAGUUCGAGAGAGGUGAAUCAGGGAAUCAGGGCAUGCUCCAGAAUGCUCAGGUCUCUCUGGAAAAAUAAUGUACAGCGCAAAGGACAAGGACAGUGAUAGAUGACAUACACAGCGCUGACUUCCAACAAUAUUUUAUUGCGUCGCCACAUCGUGUGUAUAUAUACAAGAAGAGGCAUGCGCAGAAAAUAUACGACAGUCACAGGGGGUGUCCUAACAGCAAGUCAUUGAACAAGAACAUGGUCACCAAAAAAAUUAAGCAAUACGAUUACUAUCUGUUUAGAAACGCGCUGUACAUUAUUUUUGAUCAUGAAUUACCAACUAGCCCAAGCAACCACCCUAGUUCUCUCUGGAAGGCUUCAUAUAAACCCUUCGAGCACUGUAAGUCACGUCAUGUUUGACCAAUGGGAGAGUCCGCUCCGAUGACGCCACUUUCAGCCAAUGGUAGGCGCCCGUGUCGCGGUGUCACACCUGGCGGCUCUCUGCGGUCUUGCCUCGCAGACUGGCAAUGCACUUCUAACGAGGAGAAGGGGAGGGCUGCUCAUGCUCCAUUGUCCGAGGCCCACCUGCUAAUCCCGGCGGCGCACGAACUUGUUGGCACGUGAGCUUGUUGCCUUAAACUUGUUUGCUCGGCCGCUCCUCUGGAAUGUGCUUUCCUGCUUCGGCAUUCCUCAAUUAGCUGUGCUGCGACUCGAAGUGGUUUGGGGAACUCGAAGUAAUCGCAGGAAACAGCUCCAUAUCUAACAGCUCGUCCUCGCCCCGGUAGUUCUGAAUGGCCGGUGAACUCAAUUCGCUGGCCAUGAGGAACGCUGAUAGAAGCUGCAGGGUACUGGGGUCGAGCCUCGUUUGACGAACUUCGGGAUCCUUGGCCCUGGAGAACAGACGUCAAACAAACCAAACAACACAGCGCUGCACCACGCGUAAGCGCAGGCUCUUCACCCCUGACUCGCCAGGCUAUUACUGAGUCAAAAUCAAUCCUGAUCUUUUAGUUCCCCAAUUUUGACAAAGCAGUUCCAACCACCCUUCCAAACAGCUAUCCAUUUCUCCUCGAUUGCCGACAAGACCAGAGUACUAUUGUUGUUGCAAAACAAAAGGGUCGUUGACGAUGCAAACAACAAAUGAAAACAGCCGAACAUAACUUAAGUGGCCUAACUACACGAACAGCAUGUUUCCAAUCUAUCGCAGUGGCGUACUUAUCGCACGUAUUGGUGCCACUGAACAAUCUGGUCAACCAACCUCACAAAUACGUAAUCACAAGCGCACUAGCCUUGUGGUCACUAAACAAAACGCGUACUUGCGUUGUAGGCAAACUUUUCACUUACGCUUACUCACGUUUCUUCCCUGAAAGUCCUACAGGACACGUGACGUAAACGAACAAUUAAACUCGAGGGACUUACACACUCCGCAGAACUCUUAAAAUGAUGCGUCUUCUACUAACUCUUUCCACGCACGUUCACUAAAGAAGUCAGAAUACGGCUGCCCUCGCACACACUAGCAACCCAGUCAUAAAGUCUGCUUCCUUCCGUCCACACAGGACACGCGCUAAUGGAACUAAGAACGCUUCUCCGUGCAAAUCAUGCACUUACUAGAAACCUACGCGCUUAACCUUACAAAAUUCAAGAACACUUAAAAAGAAAGAAGGUUAAAUAACACACACGCGCGUUACGAUAGGCCUCUCAACGAUAAUCUUGACCUUCAGGUUACUCACACACACACACACACAAAAAAAAAGCCUAUCUACUUAUUAAUGAGCAUCUCGCGAGACUAUAUGUUUACUUAAAACGCAUCUUUCAAAUCUCGAGCUUCUCGAACGAAAACAUAAACAAAGCUCAAACCUUAUACCCCUGUCACACGAGCACUUUAAAGGCAUUUGAAGAAAAAGACAUCUCACACAAAGGAGUUGCAUCCGCAGACACACGCCAAAGUUUAAUCUCUUUUUCAGAAGCGGUCUUUUCCGAAACCGGAGAUCACCGAUCUCUUUUACGGCUGGAAAGGCGUAGCCUCCAACGCAGUGGGCACCAGUAAUUAUCAUGCAAUAAAGAAACGAAGCAAAAGUGCAUUUUUAUUUCAAGUGUACACAUCACAAAAAAGGGUUUUGUCUUUCGUUGAACCUUAAGUAGGCGCAGUUUUGCACUUUUUGCACGGCACUCUCGUAAGCAGUUCGAAAAUAUCACGUGACGCUAACAGACGAUGCAAAUUCGCGCCAUUUUCUGCGACCAUGGCUACGGCGAGCGGUACCGACGAACAGCCUCCGGCACGCCAAAGAAAACCGCGGGUACAGUGGUCGGAGAGAGACACCUGGGCGUUAAUCAAGUUAUGGGAAGACAACCUGCCCUCGCUGCGUGCGCAGAAGCACAACGGAGGCGUUUACGAUGGCAUUGCACAAGCAUUGACGAGCAUGGGUGUACCUCGCACAAAGGCGCAAGUGCACAGCAAGAUAGAGAACCUGGGACAGACCUACAGGAGCUGCCUGAAACACAUGACAACAGGGUCAUCACCGCCGAGCUGGCCAUUCUUCUCCGAAGUCCAUAGGUUUCUAGGAUCCCUGCCUGUUCACGAUACAUCUUUAAUGGAAGAGGCUGGGUGCAGCGAGAGCACAACAAGCAGCACUGCCUCCGUCGAAGAACUGAUCUUCGACAUGCUUGAUUCCGGCUCUGCUUCUUGUGAAGACGUCGCCGAAGAUUGUUCACCUUCCGAGUCGCCAGUACAACAGGUUGAAUCCAGGAACCUCGCAAGUGGCAGUUCCGAAUGUGCCCGCAGGAAGAGAAGGCAACCGGCUGGCGACUUUCAAGAAAGGAUGCUUGAGGAGCAGCGACGGCAGAGAGAGCAGUUUGCUGAUGCGCACAAAAUGGAAAUGGAUCUCCGUAAAGAGGGGCUCAAGUUGCAAGAGAAACUUGUAGAUGCAAUGUUGAAGUUUUUUAGUAAAAACUGACAUGGUGUUCCACAA